AUGGCACCAGCUUUGGGGGAGCCUCCCGUAACGGAGGAACGGGCCCAGUUUGAGCUCAUCAUGAAGCACGGCCAUCACGACCUGGUCCAGGCAGUGGCAUUCAACGCCUACGGCGACCGCUGCGCCACAGGCUCCGUUGAUGGCAAGAUCAGGGUCUUCAACCGCCACAAGGACAGCAUCUGGAGGUUAUGUGAUACCUGGACAGCUCAUGGCGGCGAGAUACUUGAGUUGCAAUGGCUCCCGCCAACCGUCUAUCCCAAUGUCGUCGCAUCACUCGGCAUAGAGGGCCGCUUCAAGCUCUGGGCAGAAGACCCUUCCGCCGCCCCGGGCCGCCGCUUUGGCAGCCGUUCCAAGGAUAACGCCAAAGCUGCCUUCGAGCAUCGCUCUCCUCGCGCCCCAUACCGCUCAUUCUCCAUCAAGCACAACGAGGAGACGCGCCAGACUCAUCUUGCCCUCCUGGCCGCCGACGGCAGGCUGACUGUCCACGAGAACGAGAUGUCCGAGAACCUGUCCGACUGGACCCAGAUGGACGAGCUGUCGACCUGUGACAAGCCUGCCCGCGGCGAGGAGACCUCCUUCCGCGUGCGCUUCGACCCCAACAUUGACCCUUGCUACAACGCCCUGCGCGCCGGCAUGCCCACCGACACGCUGAGCCUGGUUGUCGCCGCCAUGGACAAGGUCAAGAUCUACCGCACCCGCGACGUCGUCAUCCACUCCUACGGCGUCCCGUCCACCAAGAAGGAGUUCUACGAGGCCGCCGUGGUGUCGGCGCACCGCGGGCUGGUCCGGGAUGUCGCAUGGGCGCCGGGGAACAUCAGGGGCUACGAUAUCAUUGCGUCGGCUUGUAUGGAUGGCUACGUGAGGGUCAUACGCGUCGAUACUCCGCACGACAGCAACGACGGUAGGUCGUGGUCCUCGAGCGACCUGGUCAAGGGCGGCUCUCGCCCUGAGGCCUCGUCCAGGGCCGCCGGCAACGGAUCAGGUGGGGGCCAGGCGCAGCACCCCUCGGGCAUCAGCCAGGGUGUACACCAUCCCACGGCAGACGGCGACAGGAGGAAGAACCAGGCUGGCCACAUCUACCACACCAUGCAGUCGCUCUCCAUGCUGGAGAACCACAGGACUCCGAUGUGGAGGGUCGGGUUCGACGACGACGGGCAGAUCCUGGGGUGUGUUGGGGACGACGGCAAGCUCCUCUGCUUCCGGCAACAGGCCGAUGGGCAGUGGCGCAAGAGCUCAGAAAUCGGCAUUAUGAAGAUGAAAAUGGCAGUCCCUUCAUGA